AUGUCCAGCAUCCCGCUUGCUCACGCUGCGAGGUUCAUAGAAUUUGGGACCCCUUUUCCCACCGUUCCUCUCGCGCACGGCACGUCCACGCUCCACACCUCCAUCCUCGUCCUCCACACCUCCAUCCUCGUCCUCCAAAGCUGCGUCCUCAUCCUCACCAAAGCUGCGCCCUCGUCCUCCAAAGCUGCGCCCUCGUCCUCAUCCUCGUCCUCGUCCUCGUCCUCGAGAGCCCAUACGACUUACCACGCCCACCGUUCUUGUGAACCUUGGGCAAUCUGGAACCCAGGCCAUCCCGGCGUCCCCGGCGAAACUACAAUCUAUGACACCUCCGAGACGAUCGUGCACGCCAUCGUUCCGCUCAACGGCGGCUUCCUCCUCAAGACCCUUGCGAUAUCGAUCGAUCCGUAUCUGCGCGGCUUGAUGGGCGGCACGCAUCCUGAGGCGUGGGAGGUCGGACAACCGUAA